AUGGAAGGCUUAAUGAGUCUUCAAAGAUUAUUGAUGCUUAUUAUAUCAUUGAUGACCGCUUGUCGUGGUGAAAUUCCUGUUACGAUCACAUCUGCAAAGACGAAUCCCUCAGCUCUAGGUGGCUUGGAUGGCUUGAUGAUUGAACUUGAAGACAAAACAAUUGAUUUAUCUGUUGCUUCUAGAAUUACUAAACUUAAUAAAUUAUUAACAGAAAAGAUUUAUUAA